GUGGCAGCUCGGCGGGAGGAUACGGCGUGGAUUAAAGGAAGGCGGUGUGAUUAGGUGGAGGGAGAAGCGACUUGCGAGCAGCGUGUGCGGGAAUUGGCAUCUCAGUUCCAGCGGCAGCAGCAGGAGCAAGCAGCAGUGACGGGGAGAGAGGGAGCAGCGGAUUGAAAAGCACCAGCCAUUUACCUCCAACAGCCAAAUUCCAAGCACCAACAAUGUUACAAACCAGGAUUUUCCUAACCGGGCUACUCUUUAUUAGCACCGCAGCCACACUGCAAGUUGAUAUCGUGCCAUCCCAAGGAGAGGUCAGUGUGGGAGAUUCCAAAUUUUUUCUAUGCACUGCGACUGGAGAUGUUAGCAGCAUUUCCUGGUAUCUGCCUGAUGGUAAAAAAAUUGAUCCAAAUCAACAACGGAUUGCUGUUGCAAGAGUUAAUGAAAUAUCCUAUAGUCUGACUCUCUACAGUGCCCAGAUUGAUGAUGCUGGUAUUUACAAAUGUGUGGCAACGUCAAAAGAUGGAAACGAAUCAGAGGCUACAGUGAAUGUUAAGAUCUACCAGAAACUUGAAUUCAGACAUGCCCCUUCGCCACAAGAGUUCAAAGUGGGUGAUGAUGCAGUUGUCAUUUGUGAUUCUGUCAGCUCACCUCCACCUACCAUCACAUGGAAACACAGGGGUAGAGAUGUUCUAAUGAAGAAAGAUGAUCGUUUUACCAUGCUGCCCAACAACUACUUGCAAAUUCGCCACAUUAAGAAGACAGACGAAGGGACUUACAGAUGUGAAGGAAUAAUUGCUGCCCGUGGUGAAAUCAAAUUCAAGGAUAUAAGGGUUAUUGUUAAUGUUCCUCCCAGUAUACAACCCCGAGACAUGGUGGUGAAUGCCACAGCACAUAGUGGUCAGCCCGUGUCAUUAGUUUGUGAUUCAGAUGGAUUCCCACAGCCAGAGGUGACCUGGAUGAGAGACGAUGUGGUAAUUGAAGCAGAUGGGGAUAAAUACAUUAUGAAUGAAGAUGGCUCUGAACUCACAAUAAAUAAAAUCAGUAAAAGAGAUGAUGGUGAUUACAUCUGCAUUGCACAGAAUAAGGCUGGAGACGCUGAGCUGGAGAUCACCCUCCAAGUGUUCGUGAAACCUGAAAUUACAUAUGUAGAAAACAAGACUGCGGUAGAGCUCGAAGAGCAGAUUACAUUGACCUGUGAGGCCAAAGGUGACCCUACCCCGACCAUCGUUUGGAUGAAAGGUGCCCACACUUACAAGGAUGGAGAACAGGCUUCAUGGACAUGGCCCGUGACUCGAAAGACUAUGGAUGGAAGAAUUGAAGUUCAAAGCCAUGCAAGAGUUUCCUCCUUGACUCUCAAGGACAUUCAGCACACAGAUUCUGGACAAUAUAUCUGCAAGGCUCAGAAUUCAAUUGGCCAGGAUUCUGAGUCCAUGUACUUGGAAGUGCAGUAUGCACCAAAGCUGCAAGGCACUGUGACUGUCUACACCUGGGAGGGAAACGCUGUGAAUAUUACCUGUGAGGUUCUGGCUCAUCCUGUAGCUCUUGUGACCUGGUUUAGAGAUGGACAGCAAUUGCCAAGCUCCAACUACAGCAGCAUAAAGAUCUACAGCACACGAUCCACCAACUACCUUCAGGUCACACCUGAUUCAGAAAAUGACUUUGGCCCAUACAACUGUACUGCAAGCAACCGUGUAGGCGUGGAAUCUAAAGAAUUUAUCCUAGUGCAAGCUGAAACCCCAUCUGCUCCCACCAUCCUGGAUACCAUACCCUAUUCCAGUACUGUGCAAGUUAAGGUCGAAGAACCCGAAUCAACUGGUGGUGUUCCAAUUCUGAAAUACUUAGUGGAGUGGAAAGUGAAGGACACGGAAGAAUGGUUCACUAGGAAUGCUGAUGCAAGGGAAGUCCUAGCCUCAGACAAUGUGAUUACGGUGAGUGGACUAACACCGGAAACCAUGUAUAAUCUGCGAUUAUCUGCUAUCAAUGGAAAGGGAAUCGGUGAUGCCAGCCAGAUCGCUGAGUUCAAGACAGAGCCAGUUCUAUUCACUGGUCAGCCAACCACUCUGCCUCCAUCUUCUUUUUCACCACUUGAUUCAGCUAGAGAACCAAGUCCACCAAAACUUGAAGGAAAAGUGCUCGGAAGUGGAAAUGUCUUCAAAGUAAACUGGAUCAAGCAGGAUGACGGUGGUUCUCCUAUCCGCCAUUAUUUGGUCAGAUACAAAGCUAAACAUCACUCGGACUGGAAACCUGAGAUGCGAUUGCCAUCUGACAGUGAAUACGUUAUUCUUGCAAACCUGGAAUGGAACUCUGAGUAUGAAGUUUAUGUUGUUGCUGAGAACCAGCAAGGCAAGUCAGAAGCUGGUUCCGUCUCCUUCCGGACCUCGGUAGAACCCACUGUCAUUCCAGAAGUUGAUCCAUCAGAUGGUUCAGGUCUGGGGACCGGUGCCAUUGUUGGCAUUCUCAUUGUCGUCUUCCUCAUCUUGCUCGUUGCUGUUGAUGUCACCUGCUACUUCAUUAAUAAGUGUGGCCUGCUGAUGUGCAUUGCUGUUAAUUUCUGUGGGCAGCCUGGUCCAGGAUCCAAGGGCAAGGACAUGGAAGAAGGAAAAGCUGCUUUUUCAAAAGACGAAUCAAAGGAGCCGAUUGUGGAGGUGCGGACUGAGGAAGAACGAACUCCCAAUCAUGAUGGUGGAAGCCAAACUGAACCCAAUGAAACCACACCAUUGACAGAGCCUGAGCAUGCAGCAGAUACCCAGGCUACUGUCGAAGACAUGUUGCCUUCUGUCACCACAGUAACCACUAACUCUGACACUAUCACUGAAACUUUUGCCACUGCUCAAAACAGUCCAACGAGUGAAACGACUACACUCACUUCCAGUGCUGCACUCCCAGCCUCAACCACACCUGAGCCAUCACCAGCUUCAGCUGCCCCACCUCACUCACCCAAGGCAGCUGUAGCAUCGCCCACUUCACCUUCUACCAAGUCUCAAGCUGAGACAGUACCCAUUGUUGCGCCCCUUGUUGAUCUUAGUGAUGCCCCAGUCUCUGUUUCUGCAACUCCUCCUUCUGCCCCCAUCUCUGUUUCUUCACCGCCUUCUUCUGCCCCAACCUCCAGUAAUCCAGUCUCAAACGUCAAUUCCAACCAAGCUGCUGCCCCACCAAUAGCCAGAACAGCAGAGGAGGUGACAAAAGAUCCUGCUAAUAACAAACCUGGCCCAGUUCCCAGCCCCGGAAGCCCAGCCAGCCCCCCAGCUACUUCAGCACAGCAACAACCCAAGCCAGAAGCUCCAACGACUACCAAGAGCCCAGAAAUAGAUGCUACAAAACCUAACCCAGUGAAGAGCCCUGUGGAGCUAACAAAUAACUCCACCAGUGUGAAGAACGAGGCUGCUACAGACAGCAGCAAAAAACCCUCCCAGGGUGAGGACUUUCCAGUUGACGGAGGGACCUUCAAGACCUCAAACAUUGACCUUGCAAAGGAUGUUUUUGCAGCUCUUGGCACUUCUUCUCUUCCCACUAUGGCUGAUGGGAAAGCUGCUGACCUUGCUCCUUCCAUUGCAGACGCCGCUUUACCAUCUGCUCCGGCAAAGGAAGAGAAGGUCCCAUUAGAGGACAAGCCCAAACAAGAGGGGACAGAAGUAAAGACGGUUCCUAAUGAAGCCUCACAAACAAAUGAGAAUGAAAGCAAAGCAUGAUCAAAAAAAAACACAGAUACCGGUUUCCCCUCAGUGUCUCUUUUAUUAUUUUUGAACAUGUUUUCCUGUUUGUAGGUUUCAGCUGAGAAGGGGAUCAAUUGUGGCACACUUGCUUUUUCUAAAAUUCCUUGAUUGAAGGGUUGACCACAUAAUUGAAAUUGGUACUUGUUCAAAACAAAACAACCUGGGAUAUUUUAAUUGUAGUUGCCAUUUUUCACUGCGCUUAGCAAGAAUUGUGAUUUUUAGAUAACGUGUGCAUUCUUCAGUUAGAAAGCACUAAGAUACUCCUUCCGUUUCUCCCUCUGUUAGUAGAAUGAACAGUUGAAACAAAAGAGAGAGUUUUCGGUACAUACCUGUAGAAAUGGCCACAACUGAUUUUUAUCUUCUUACUUUUUUCAAAGUUAAAAAUUAUACUGAUUAAAACACAGCUUUAUAAAUUACCAUUGUAAGGCUAGAAACGUGAUUGCUUCACCGUUCAUACAAGUACAUUAUGUGCACAAAGCAUUGCUAUCUUAACCUGUUUAUAAUUUUUUUAUUUGCAAGUUUUGAUCCUGAGUUAGCUGUUCACUAAACAGAAGGUUUGUAAAUUUGCAUAUGUGAAGUAUAUUUCAAUUUGCAGUAUUCAAUUUUAAGAAAUGAAUAUUAAUUUUUGCCAACUUUUAUUUUCAGUGUUUAUUGGUUUAAGACUGCAAACCAUAAUUGUUUAACCUUUACAUGUUAUAAUUGUGUGUAAAUGUAACAGGCUUUGUUUUGUUUUAUUUCAAAGCUUGUUUAAAAUGUCCAUAGUUUAGCUUGUUUGCUUUUGCCACUUUUAUUUUGAAUGGAAGUGUUUACAUUACUUUUCCUUGUUACUCUUCGGUUAGAAUAUGCUUUGAUUACUUGAUCUACCGGAAAGACCUUGUUAUAUCAUACGCUUACACACCAUAUUAAGACCAGUUUUCUCCAUUAAAGUCUGAUAUUCAUUUAUGUUAAUUGUUCCUUGCUUGUUUCCACAGCAAAACACCUUCCAUUCUUGCAGCUAUGAAAGGAAUUAUGUAGCGCAUUUCUGUUUCUGAAGCAAUGUUUCAACUUUUUAGACUGCAAGCUUGUGCACUGUGAAUGCGUGAAUAUUAUAGUGUGUUUUUGUCAUAGUAUUUCAAAGAAUUUCAGCAUAGCUUGGUUGUGAAAGGUGUAGCAGGUAGUUCUGAAGAUUGUGUGGGAAAAUGCCAUCACUGUGGUGGGGGGGAAUUAAAAAGAAUAUAAGGGGAGGCAAACAUUUUUGGGCAUGAAUUCCAUGUGUUCUAAGUUUUAUUGCCUGUAACGUUUAACAAUGAUGGUAAGACUGGGAGCAGUCCCCAUUAGCACAAUCGAAUGGGGCUUUAUUCUUUCAUGUACUUUUAUUUUGUGUGCAGUCUCAGUCCAGUAAUGAUCGCAUUGCUAAUUUGUAAGUUCAAACUGUGAAAUACUGGUCUUGUCAUUUGCUUCAAGUGUUUGCAUAUAUUCAACUUUAGGGAUGACACUGGAGGCACUUCUCAAGUCACCCAUUUAAUAUUUAAGGUGUGCCCUAUGUACCGGUGUGACUUGCUGUACCAGAUCAUUUUUGGGCAUGUUUACUACAAUGGCAUCACAGCAAAAACAAAUGGCAUUUUCAUUCCAAAGCUGCCUUAUAUCAAGCCCUAUCCUAAUACAAUUACCCAGCGAUACAUAAGCCUGUUAUUUGCUGUAAUAUUUGUGCUGGCGUUAAAAAUGGGACCAAGUUUACACGGAUCAUUGCAGUGAUCUCGUAGAAAGUGAAUGUUUGUUGUCUUACUGUGCCAUCUAACACAUCUUUAGUGAAAGGUAACUUAAUGUAAUUAAAAGGGCAGAGGAUUUUCUCCUGUGUUGAUUGUAGUAAAAUUAUAAAUGCAUUUAUUUUAAAAAAAUCAUUUACCCAUUUGCUUCAAAUGGCCAGUAGAGGAAAUCGUUCCCUUGAUUCAAAACAUAUGACCUCUACCACCUACAAGGACAAGGAUAGCAGAUUAAUGGCAACAUUGCCACUUACAAGUUCCCCUUCAAGCCACUCACUGUUCUGAUUUGGAAUUAUUGUUGUCACUUCACUGCUGCUGGGCCAAAAUCCAGGAUCGCUGUCUCUGACAGCUGUGUAGGUGUGCCUGACGAGAUGGACUGCAGCAGUUAAAGAAGGUGACUCACGACCUUCUUCUCAUGGGUAGUUAGAAAUGCAUAACAAACGUAGGCCUUGCCAGUGACACCCGCAUCCCAUGAAAUUAUUUUUAAAAUAUUCCUUUUCAGAAUUUCAGACAUGGUUCACAACAUAAGUGCAUUGGCCAAGGUUUUAAACUUCUGGAAUCAGCUGUGAGUUCCUUCCCUAGUCACAUCAAUGGGCAGAAAAUCAGGGGCUAUUUAGCACAGAAGAGGAAAAGCCUAGCCCUUGUGCCUUGACUGAAUAAGGGGUCAAAUAUAAAAUAGCCUUAUGACUUUCCUGUGUAAAUGCAAAAGGCCAGACUUCAUCUCAUGUCCCCUACAAAGAUUUAAAAACUCCAACCUCCACUGUCAGCCCUAAUUAGAAUACCCUGCAUUUAGAGCCUUCUCUCCUGUUACAGAUCUUUUUAUUGAGUGAAGAUUAAACCACCUUUCCACUAUCACUGGUGUAAAUACUGACUACUAACCGAGAUUUUUGAAUUUGCAUUAUGUCAGAUACUUGUGUUCAAUAAAAAUUACAAAACAA